CGGGGGCAGGGCCCUGGGCCGGGCGCAGGCGCCGCAGCUGCGGGAGGCGUUGGGCCCGGCCUGGCGCUGAGAGCGGCCUCGGGGGGAGCGUUGAGCGGGGGCCACCGAGCCGGCCUCCUGUUCCCUGCCACCCUGGCGCUGCGCUGCAUGGACGGAGUGUUCCUGUCGCCCAACGAGGAUGAGUUCGUGGGCAGGAUCACGGAGGAGCUGGAGCACUUCAUGCUGCAAGGGCAGCACCACAGGGUGCUGCUGUUCCCUCCCCUCUCCAGCCGCCUCAGGUACCUGAUCCAUCGCACCGUGGAGAGCCUGGAUCUGCUGAGCAGCUUCUCGGUGGGAGAAGGCUGGAGGAGGAGGACUGUCAUCUGCUACUCUGCUGUCAGGCUGCCCACCGAGCCCAGACCCAGCGAGCAGAAGCCCAGCAGCAACCCCCCGCGGCUGCUCCGCCCUGCGCAGCCCUGGGGCCGGGGGGGCCGAGGCAGUCGGCAGCGGCACGGAGGGGACGUGCAUGGGGACAGCCCUCGAGCCUGCGUGGGGUCGGGCAGGAUCCAGAGGCCCCCCAGGAGGAAGCCAGACAAAGCCUUGUACGUCCCCAAGGCCAUGCGCAGGAAGGCUGAGUGGGGCCAGCAGGAGAGCCCAGCGGCAGCGCGGCCAGGAGAGCUCUGCCCCGCAGCUGCCCUUGGGGAUGCCCAGCAGGAGCUGGGCGAGGCUGAAGGUAGCUCGGAUGGAGUCUCCUUGCCCCUCGGUGCGCACCAGGAGCCUGCUGAAGAGUGCCCUCGGGGAGGCAGCGAUGGCAGCGGCGCUGAGCCUCCUGCGGGCGGCCCCGCGGGGGAGAGCAGCUGCGGGCAGGAGAGGCAGGACAGAGACUGCUCAGGUUCCCUUCCUUCUGUGCACGACAAAAGCCCAACUGCAGCUGAGGAGCAAGCUGGGAGCUGUGGCAGCGUUGUGAGCCCAGAGGGUAGCGAGGUCCUGUGCCAGCUGCAGCCUGAGGAGCAGCCCGGGCAGGAUGGCAGUGCCCAGGAGCGUGGUGAAACCUCCUCCCCGUCGGAAGGUGCCAGCAGGAGCUGCUGCCUGGGCCCCGAGGGAGCAGAGCUGAGUGCUGCUGUGUCGCUGCUGCUGGAAGCCCAAGAUAAGAGCUGUGCUGCUGCCAGCAGCCUGCAGACAGGUGCAGAAGUGUCCAAGGACUCUCUGAGUGCUGGCACACAGGAGGGAGCCUCCUCCAAACUGCAAAGCCAGGAUCGAGAGUGCCCCAGGGGUGUCCAGCUGGAGGCUGACCACAACCCCCUAGAAGCCCCAAAUGAGCCUUUGGCUGUGCCUGAACCAGAGCCAUCAGCUGCUGAGGAGCAGAAGCAGCCCUGGGUGGAUGCUCCUGGGCAGAACCAGAGUGGGAAGGUGCCUGUGGCAGAAGAGGAGGACAAGGAAGCUCCAGGCCUGUGGGAUGAGCUGCAUUUGCCUGCAGGAGAGAAAGAGCAGGGCAGAGGCAGCCCUGGGUGGAGCAGCCCCGAGGAUGACUGCACUGCAGAGCUCCUGGCAGAGAUCGUGGGGAACUUAACUGUGAAGGACAUCAGCAUUGAGAGGCUCAACUUGGACUAUUCCAGCUAUGGGAGUGCCCAGCUCAACGAGGGGGAUUUUGGCCAUGUCACUGAGAUUUAUGACUUCUCCCCAUCCAUGAAGACAGAGCAGCUGUUGGAAGUGUUCUCAGACUUCCAUGAGAGUGGCUUCAAAAUCCAGUGGGUGGAUGACACACAUGCCCUGGGGAUCUUCUCCAGCCUGUCCACAGCAUCUCAAGCCCUGGGACGUCGCUACCCUGCGUUAAAGAUCCGACCCCUGAUCCAUGCCACGAAGCAGUCCAAAGCCAAGGCACUCCAGAGGCCAAAACUCCUUCACCUUGCAAAAGAAAGACCUCAGACCGACACUGUGGUGGCCAAGAGGUUGGUGAGCAGGGCUCUGGGCUUGAAGAACAAGCAGCAGGCUGCUGAUGGUGGCUCAGGCACGGAUGUGAUGCUGCCAGAAAGCUUGGAGCAAGAGGAAUGAAACCAUCCCAAGCUCAAAAACAGAGCAAAGAUGUCUGGAGGAGGAGGAGGGCUGUGAAAUUUCAUCUGCAUGCAGAACACUGUUUGAGUUGCCAUGAGGAUGUUCUCUCUUGGAAAGAAAAGGUUGGGAAGGGACAAAGUUUGCUGUUUAAAUGAGAAUCUUGAGCUCAAGAGCCAAGGUUGCUGUCAGCUCUUCCUUAGCAUCUUGCCCUGCUCUCUUUUCAUCUCAUCCCUUGCAAAUAGCAAGGAUAAAGCCUGCUCUGGAAGCUUCAAAUUCCAUUAGGUUAAGAGAAUUGGAUCUUGGUGGUCAAACUUCAGCUGAGCAUCUGCAGGAGGCACCAACAGAAAGAGCUGUUUAAUGUUUACUUGGUUGUAAUGUUACUGUUAAAGCUGUUCCCCAGCAGGGAGGAGCAGUGAAUAAAGCAAGUUUCAGGGUU